AUGGCGACCUCAUCUAGUGGUGUGAAGUCUUGGCUUUUAGACAAAUAUGCAAAACAAGUCGACAAAUAUGCAAAACAAGUUGAGUGCAGAGAUGGCGCCGCCGUUAAUAAUGCAGUGGAGUCUAUGAGCUCCAAAGGUAGCGGGGAGUGGAAGGUAAAUAUAGCAUAUAUGAAAAAAUUAAAGGAAAAUAUAAAUUGUAAACUUACAGUUUUGCUAGAAAACACUAUUCCAAUUUCAACUUGGAAGGGCAAAAUGUUACUCGUUUUCCAAGCUCCGUCGUUAUUCCUUGGUUAUAUAAUUUAACUAAUUACUUAUAAUAUAGGUCAUACACAUCAAUAAUUGAGUUCACAAAUAAAUUUCGCUAAUCUUUAUCAAUCACCAGUAUCAAUCAUUUGAAAAUGCACGUGCAUAUAUCGAGAUUUUUGGGCAUCGUAUUCUAUUAAUAUAUAUAUUCUUGGGUUUUUAAUCACGAACAAGUUACGUUUUAGCAUAAUUUUACAGAAACAACAACGAACCAAAAGGCUGUCAACGCAUUUUAUGUAAAUGAGUUAUCCAACUAUUAUAAAAGUCAAUAGAAAACAAAUAAACAAUAUAAAAGCAGUCCAUUACCCUUGACGCAGACCCUUGAGGUCUAAUAGUAGAUGGGUCUAAUAGUAGAUGGGUGUUUGCAGAUUGAAUUUUCGAACGCAUAUUUAUAUACAUUGGACCAUGGAUUGUAAAAAAUAACAUUUUAUUUCAAUACGUUAUUUUACAAUCCAUGAUUGGACCUAAUUCUUUUUGUAACUUAUUUGUUUGCAGCAAAUUUCGUCACUAGAAGGAGAUGGUUCACUACAGAUGACUUUAAUUGAAGACAAACAUUUGAUGCUAAGCUCCGGAUCCCAGAUUAGAGUACGUCCAUUGGUCAAGCAGAGGUUUCAAUGACGAAGCCAUGAUAUACCCAAUAUUAUAAUGCAAUAUCAAUAAUCAAUCAUGAUUACGUUUAACAUUUCUAUACUGCAAAAUUAGAUGUGGAUAUGAUCAAAUCCUGUAUUAUGCUUACCUAAUUACAUACUUAGCCAGUGUACUGAGCCUAGACUAUUUCAUAUUUGACGACAAAAUUAUAUUACCGUGAUUCAAUUCUUAAAGUCUCUCAAUUAACAGUGUUUAUCCUAACCCACCCUGUCAACGUUCCCUCUUGGAAGAACCCAAAGCACCCGGAGAAAACCCACGACUUUCAGCAGAGCGUUGACUGACUCCUUUCACACGACUCCGUAGCGAGAUACGAACCCACGAACUCAGAGAUGACGACUGCGCUACCAAAGCCACAUAAUCAUAAUCAAUCACAGUCAAUCACAUAAAAACAAAUCGCUAAAUAGAAUAAAUUAGUAGUUGUUACUAAUUCUAAAUAUGAUGUUUCCAAUAAUUUCAGGAGAGUUUCGCUCUUGUCAACACAGCUCAAUGGUUGAAAACGUAUUGCAAAGGAGACAGCGUGUUGUUUGUGGUGAGAAUGAAU